AUGCAAAAGAAAUAGUUGUUUUCUUAACCGACUCAGUAGUAAAGAGAAAAAGCUCUGGGUGAUUUGAGCUCUUUGUCUUAAAAAAAUUAAACGCAAAUUAAGAAGAUAAUUGGAUACUUUAAACCUGUACCAAAUCCUUAUUCAGAUGAUUGGUUAUAUAAUUAAAAAGAAGAAGGUCAAACAUUUGAUAAAUAUAUAGAAAAACCUAGAACUAUAGAUACUAAAAAAAGAAAAAUAUAUAUCCAACCUCUAGAACAAGAUAUAAAUAAGGAAUUCGUUGAUAAGCUGAAAAUAUUUGCAUCUGCCUUUUUCUUUGGAAUCAAAGUAGAUUUUUUGCCACUGCUAGAAGUUGAAAAAUUAGGAGUAAAGACUAGAAUAAAUGAAAACAAAAAGUAAUUUUAUGCUCCAAAAAUUUUAGAAUUGUUAAAAGAAUCGAAACCUAAGGAUGCUUAUUGCAUUAUUGGAAUUUGUAUGACAGAUAUUUACAACAAAGAAUCAUGGAAUUUUGUUUUCGGUUUAGCUUCUUUGUAAGAAAAAGUAGGUGUUUUUAGUUUUGCAAGAUACUAAGAGAGUUUUUAUUAUCCAAAGGCUUAAGUAGACUAAGAUUUGGUAAUAUAUAGAAGCUGUAAGGUGAUGUGUCAUGAAGUAGUCCACUAAUUUGGAAUUAAACAUUGCAUUUAUUAUCACUGCAUAAUGAAUGGAUCUAACCACUAUGAAGAAUCUGGAAGUAAACCAUUUUAGCUCUGCCCAGUUUGUUUAAGGAAAAUGCAAUAUGCUUUAUAAUUUGAUUUAGCUGAUAGGUACAGAGCUCUCAUUUAAGCAACAGAAACUUUAAAAAAUAAGUAUUUUAGUCAAGAGUUGUUUAUUUAUAAAAAUCUAGUUUUGAAUGAAAAUUUAGUAAUCAGUGAAAGCAGCUCUAAACUUCAGCAAAAUUAAUUUGAAAAAUCAAACAAUAAAAUUUAAUCUAAUAAUAAAUGA